CUUGAACCUCCUGGAUCGUCUCCUCACCCCCUAAUCCUCUCAGCCUACAUCCGAAGUUUGGCGAGAAUUUCUGCAAGGCGCCUCCGUACUCUCCCCCCCACUGGUUCAAAAGGCUAUUUUUUGUACGUGCUGCCACGCAGCCACCAGAGGAUAACCUUUUGUUUAGAUGGGGGGAAGAGACUGACCAGGGUAGCUCAAGUCCAACAAUAGACGAAUCACCAUAGACAUCGAGCAGAGAUUGGCUUUUGCGCCGGAGAACUACACCGGAGAACUACACCAGAGAACUACACCGGAGAACUACACCGGAAGAGCUGCUCGUGCUCUCACGCCUCAACCAGGACCUUCAUACGCCAGCCCGCAAUUCUACCCCCCCAAUCUCUCCGCCCUGGUUCAAGAAAGCAAAGUGACGUUCCGGAGCACUCUGGCGCCGAACGGAGCCACUGCCAAAGAGCCUGCACCUCGUUUCAAGCAAGGGUCUGUUGCCCUUGUCUAUCUGCAGUGGAGAUGCCGUUCCAUAAAUGACCCAGCGUUGGGCUUGCUGUUGCCAAUUUCAUGUUGGAAUAAAAGUCUUGACUCCCCACUGCAAUAUGCCCCUUUCUCCUUUUGUUCUUCAUCCGUCUUGUUUUGCUCUGUGACAUCCAUUCCGUUCUUUUUAUUUUUCAUUUUGCUACUCUAUCAAACUCGAGCAGGGCCUCGCUAUCUGGCUAUUUAAAAUAUUCAAAACAAUCUUUUACGAUACAGCCUCGCCAACUUUGAUAGUUUAGCCAUCCCGCAGCGCGGUUUAUCAUUUCUCAUCGCUGUCCAAUACAACGAGUCGGUCGACUAUCCUUAAUAUAUCAUCAUGAGAUUCUCAACAGUAUUCGCAUUAGUAGCCGCGCCGUUGGCGUUGGCUACUACGUUUCAAGAAGGAAUUGCCCAAAGAAGCCCUGUAGAGUUGGACGUAAGAGCGGAGGUGGAGCCAGUAAACGCACCAGCACCAGCAGGAGCACCACCAGGAACCCCGCAACCUAAAGGGGAGAAGCCAAAGGGCGAGAAGGAGGAUGAUAAGGAAGACAAGAAAGAUGACAAGAAGGAUGACAAGAAGGAUGACAAGAAGGAAGACAAGAAAGAUGACAAGAAGGAUGACAAGAAGGAAGACAAGAAAGAUGACAAGGAAGAUAAGAACAAGGGAAACAACAACAACAACGGAAACCAAGGCAACAAUCAAUUAACAAAUAUCAAUGUCAUCAAUCUCGUCCAAGGUGUUACCGUCGUUCAAAAGACAACCGAGAUCAUCAUCAUCUGGGUCAACCAAGGAGCAGGACAACCACAGAACAUAAUCAACCAACCUCCUGUUGCUGCUGCACCCGCAGCCCCGGCCGCUACUCACAACGUAAGCAACCAAAACGAUUUUCGUACAGUUACCCCCAAAUUAAUAUUUCAAACAGGUCAUCGUUGGUGGUCCCGCAGGUCUUGUUUUCACCCCAGACCAGAUCAAGGCCAAUGUUGGCGAUAUGGUUAUCUUCGAGUUCCAGAGCAACAACCACACUGUCACACAAUCCUCAUUCGCUGAGCCAUGUAAAGCUCUUCCAGGUGGAAUGGAUUCCGGAUUCUUGGCCAAUGUGAACAACACCAUUGUCCCAGCACCACAGAUGGCUAUGCAAGUCACUGUGGCCACUCCAAUCUGUAAGUUGACGAGAUUCCCUACUGUCGUCAAAAAUACCAACUAACUGUUUUCAAGGGUUCUUUUGUGGGCAGAAGAGUCACUGUGGUAAAGGAAUGACCUUUUCCAUCAACCCAACUGCCGACAAGACCCAAGCCAUGUUCCAAGGUAUGGCUAUUGCACAAAACGGUACUGGAACACAGACUCCAAUCACACAACCAGGUGCGCCAGGCGCGGCUCCACCAGCAGGAGGUGCCGCUGCUCUACCACCAGCAGGAAGUGCCGCUCCUCCACCACCAGCGAAAGGCGGAGCUGCUCCCCCAGCGGCUGCAUCUCCAUCUCCUCGUCCAGCAGCGGGUGCUCCAGCAGGUGCUCCGGCGGGUGCUCCAGCCCCAGCUGCUGCUCCUGCUGUUGCCGUACAACCUGGAUCGUCAAUUGUGCCCGGUACUGGUACCUUUGUGGUCGGUGGAGCAUGCUCUUGCUCUUGCCUUUGCGGUGCUGCAUCAUUUCCAUUGCCCGGCCAAGGUGCCGCAUCAAUCGGUGGCAUGCCAGGUAAGCUUGAAUCCCGUAUCAUCUCAAGUACCAAAUACUAAUAUCUAUCAACAGGAAAUAUCCCAAUGGGCAUGCUUCCAAAAUAGAUAAACUAUUCGGAAUUUUUCACAUACUUUCGAUUUGUUUUAUUAUAUUACACCGGCCUUCCCCAUUUCCACCCUUUUUCCAGAAUCGAAAGAAAAAUGUACCGUUGAGUUAGACGUAGCGAAAAAGGGAUUCUCGUCGUUGCCUCCCAGGGGCUUUUAUUACGAGAACACCCUAGGCGUUUCAGUGGAUCUGGGGUGUGUUGCUUCUUAUGAUUCCCCCAUUCUUCUUUUUUAUUGUGUUGCUGUUGAUGAUGGUGAUGGGUACAUAUAUCUUGGUGUAGUUCGACUGGAUCGGUAUUAUUUCCUUACGGGCGAGGGAAAAGAGACAAGGAGUGCAA